GCCAGUAAACGUUUGACACGUUUAUAAUGUCAAAAUAGCAAUAUGUACCAAAACAAUACAGUCUAUCUUCCUACCGCAAUGAAAUUAAAAUAAACAUUUUGUAUAAUGUAACAUGGUUCGUGCAUGUGGUGGUAAAGAACCCAGAUAAAACAAGACCAUGUGGCAGCCGGAACCAGACAAAUGGUUACUGGCUAUAUCGUCCUCGCAAUAAUCUUAUUCAUAAUAUACAGCGUGGUAUGGCGGGGCGAGUGCCGUUUCGCGUGCCGUCCCGAAAUGUUCGAAGAUGGCGGUGUCGGUGGUCGGAGCGGCAUCACUGGCCUCAGCAGACGCCGGAGCCACCCACACGCUGACUGUGUUUGCGAUCCCUGCCCUUGCAUAGUCGUCGGAGAAGUUGCCAAAUCAUGUAGACCAAUAAUACAAAUCUACAACACCUCGGUGGACCGAGCGACCCAAUACUGCGACAACUUCGCUAGCGCGUUACAACAAGCAGGCGACAAUUUGGCCAGGCUACUGGAGUGCAACCCCUCCCGCGGAAGACAAGUCCAGCUUGUUACCACAGGAACACUUUUCGACUCUGAUGCAGGGUUUACAAUUGUUGCAAAACCACAAGCUGCAAAACCUCAAGUUGCAAAACCAAAAGUUGUAAAAACAGAUGUUGUAAAACCAGAAGUUGUAAAUCCAGAAGUUGAAAGUAGAUCUGAAAUACCUCUAGCGGGUACAGUUUCUGAUGCUUCGAGAUAUGGCGCGGAGUUGGUUUCAACAAUUUCUGAAAUAGCACUGAAGAUAUCGACUUCUUUAGAUACCGAUACAGCAAAGGUCCCAGUAUCUCAGAGUGAGCUGAAAUCUGCAGCAUCUAGUAGUUCGGGAAGACAGUCUCCUUUUUUGGGAGACAAGGACAAACCCUCAACAUCACCCAAAACAUUUUUAGCAUCGAUUGAGGAACUUCCAAGGAGAGAACAAAAGCAUGAAAGAGAUCGAAUCGCCAAAGAACUGAAGAAGGAAAAAGAAAGAAAGGAGGAGGAAUUGAAAUUUAAAAGUGUUGGGACAGAGACAACUCCGCCGGGGCCAUCGACGUCAUCGCCGCUAUCGGAUAGCAUUACUUCUUUAAUGAACUGUUCAAAAUGUGUCACCGAAGGAAAAACUUGCGUCGGAGAAUGUCCCAGUGCAAAACGUAAACGAGAAAAUAAUAAUCAAAAAUAAAUUAUUUCACUUGUUAAA